GACCAGUCAAGAGUGGAGGUACUUUGAAGCUAAUGCUAAUGCUAAUGGUAUAAACCGGGCGUGAAACUGUCAAAAACCGCGGCAGCUGUUCCUGAGCCCUUAGAUCUGGGGUGUGUUUAGCAGCUCUCAGUUCUCAGUGAAGUCCAGUGUGAGGAUUUUCCCAUCAGAAUGUUCCUCCCCUUUUCUCCUGUUGGUUAACAGACUCCUCCCCAUUUGUGGGAUAACUCCGGAUGGAGGGUGUGCGCUGGGCGUUCCGCUGUGGCGCCUGGUCCCCAUCACGCUCUGAAUGGCUGCUGGCUGCCCGCUGCAUCCAACAGGAGGAGAAGAACCGGAUUGGACAGUUCGUUUUCACCAAAGAUGCCAAAUCAGCCAUGGCAGGGCGUCUGCUGAUGAGGAGGCUGGUGUGUGAUAAGGUGUGUUUGCCAUGGGACGGCUUCCGUUUGGGGAGGACAGAGCGAGGGAAGCCGUACCUGGCCGAACCUUCUAGCCCAGGUUCUCUUCACUGGAACUUUAAUGUGUCCCACCAAGGGGAUUAUGCUGUACUGGCAGCAGAACCGGGGCGGCAGGUGGGAGUAGACAUUAUGAAGACCACCAGACCAGGCAGCAGCACAGUGCAGGAAUUCUUCCGGAUCAUGACCCGGCAGUUUACAGAACUGGAAUGGAGGACAAUCCGAUCAGCCGGAUCUGACUGGGAUCAACUGGCUAUGUUCUACAGACACUGGGCUCUGAAGGAGAGUUUCAUCAAGGCGAUCGGUUCAGGCCUAGGCUUUGACCUGCAGAGGGUGGAGUUUCACAUCUCACCCAAUCAGCUACAAGAGGGGCGGGUCUACUCCCAGACUAGAAUGCACCUGGAUGAGGAGCAGGAGGAUGGCUGGACCUUUGAGGAGUGUUUACUGGAUAAACAUCAUCACGUUGCCGUGGCGCUGGGAACGCCGGAGGGUUCCGUCUAUAAAGAUGCUGAGGCCACACCCCCUUCCUUCACCCUGUUGAGCUUCAGUGAACUGGUCUCUGGAGCCACGCCUCUUUCAGAUGAAGACCCCGCCUACUGGGAGAGUUUUCAGAGCAAACAAGAAGCACCUGUCCGUCAGAGUGAAGCAUAGUGAAACAUGUGGGCCAACAAAGGACAGUGUUGCGACAGAGUCGUAUUCAGUACUUUUGUGUUUACAUUGGAGCUACAAGGAUAAUGUGGAUAACAAGUAAUGGAAGCAUAUAUCCCACCAAUUAGCAUUGUGCUAACUGCGUGCCUAAACACACAUCUGCAUCAUCAAAACCACAAUUUCCUUCUUGUAAUUGUAAUUUUCCUUUCCACCUUAAAUGUUGCAGCAAUUACACAUUACUAAUGUUCCUCGAACUGAGAUGCUGCACCAUUUAAGGUGGAAAGGAAAUUUAAAAAACACAUUUUUACGUUUAAUAUUGUAAAUACUGAAAAUAAAAUUAAGUGAAUUGGAAAUACAGAGCUGAGAGGAUGUGUAUUUUCAGAACUCUCUUCUGAAAGUGGGGUCUCUCUCUUUUUUCUAUCUCUAUCUCUCUCUCCAUGUGUUUCUCCUCCAUCUGCUGCAGUAUCUAUUUAUAUCGAUGUUUCGCGGCCCAUUAGGGCUGUAGGUUUGGAUGGCAUUGCUUUUAACCUCUUUCUCGCGCUCCCUCUCUCUCUGUCUAUUUUAUGCUCUCUUUCUAUCCCCCUCUCUUCUCUCUCUGUACAUACAGUAUAUAUCUGAAAGUUGAUAGUGAGAUUAAAGCUGUACAGUGUUGUGUUAAUAAACAAGUGUGUGAGCCA